UUUGUUGGGAUCAUUUUUGUUGCAGGACUACUGGUUGUAGGUUUGCUCCUUUUAGCUUUGUUGGUGUCAUUUAAGAAAAAGAAAGUCAAGAUAAUCGAAGAGGAAGGUUCAGGACAGCAUCUGAUGAGCGGCAACAUUGAAACAAUGGGAACUGACUGCAAAGUUGUGCCAAAACACAAAGUGAACAGUCAAAACAGGAACCAAAUAAUGAAAAAAUCUGAAGUCAAAACAAGUGCAGCUCCACAAUCAACAAUUCAGAGAACUGCAUCGAUGUUACGAGCUCAGCAGGCCGCCGCGGCACAAAGAGAAGUACAACAGCAAGCACAAUAUUUUGAAAGGUCAACAAUUCAGAGAACUGCGUCAAUGUUACAAGCUCAGCAGGCCGCUGCAGCACAAAAAGAAGCACAACAGCAAGCACAAUAUUUUGAAAGGUCAACAAAUCAGAGAACUGCGUCAAUGUUACGAGCUCAGCAGGCCGCCGCGGCACAAAGAGAAGUACAACAGCAAGCAGACUAUUUUGACAGGUCCAUGGGGGCGUCAUCAUCAAUGAGAAGGAUUCAGCAGAACAAAUUCUCAUCGCGCAGGAGUUCUGGUCGACAAAGCAAAUAUGCUACUGAGCAAACCAAUGUUGCGGUUAUUAAUGGAGUCCUACCCAAAGUGCUAAAUAUGAAGUUGUACACUCUGCAAUCUCCAGGUGAGGAGCUGGGUGAUUAUGCUCCUCAUGUGUACGCUGAAGAGGAAAACAGAGAACCCAUCGAUGUCCUUGAUGCCAUUUCCAUCCCUGAUAUAGCCUUGAACCCUGACUUGGAUCUGGUACUGGACUCCAGAUUCAAUGGUCUAGCCUCAGUCUGCAUGCCGAGCAAAAACCCCACUUACACAAGUCUCUGAACUGAUGAACAAACUUCAGACUGUUAUGUUGACAGCGACUUCUACGUAGUACUGGGCGAUAUUGAAAAUGAUG